GGUGGAGAGGUGCGCGAGUCACGUGACGCCAUCGUCACAUGAUGUUUAUUAUCCGCAAGCCAACUCAAAAUGUAAACGGCGUCGUUGUAAUUUAGCACCUUCUCUUUCUACUAAUUCAAGCCUGGAACCAUUGCGGGAAAUAAAAUCCAACGGAUUGCUGGGUCGAGUAAUUCAUGGAGGGAAUGGAGAAUGAAGGAAACUCCUCUCAUGAUCCACAGUUGUCGGAGCAAACGCAAGCAUUUGUGAAAGGCCCUGAACAUCUAGAAAAUGUAUACGUAGAUAAGGAAGCAGUGUAUAAGCUGACAGAGGGCUUGCUCUCCCACUACCUACCUGGCUUGCAGAACUCCAAACGUACCCUCCAAGAACUUACACAAAAUCAGCUAAUAUUGUUGGACACGCUGGACCAAGAAGUCACCAAAUUCCAGGAGUGCAACGCCUUACUUGACCUGAAUUCAUUGUUUACAGAAGCCAAAGUUUACCACAACAAACUGGUAAAUAUCAGGAAAGAGAUGAUGUUGCUUCAUGAAAGGACAACAAAACUGAAGAAAAGAGCUUUAAAGCUGCAGCAGCAUAAACAGAAAGAAGCGCUGGAGAGAGAGCAGCAGCGUGAAAAGGAGCUGGAGAGAGAGCGGCAGCUUAUUGCUAAACCUGCUAAAAGAACAUAAGCUUCUACUGGAUGGUGGUUGUGCAUGUUUCAGCCAAUUUUCUACAAAAUGACUGCUAGCAAAUGAGACUUGUUUCAGUCCUAUUACUGUAGGUGCAUUGUUGCCUCAUAUUGCAGCAAGAGACCAAAAUGAAGGGGUGUCAUGCAAUGGUAAUAACUGGAUAACAUGCUCAAAUUCAAUAUUAUUCUAUGAAUGUAGUUUUUAUCUUGCAGUUGUUGGGUGACAGGAAGACUGUUCUCCAGUUAGGGGAUCAGUUCUGCUCAGUAAGCUCUAAUUUAAAUGGUGUGAUUUCAGUAUUGGCUGAGUGUUAUUUUGAAAACCCAUUUUUUCCCUCACUUGAUUCUACCAUUUUAAUUUUUUUUUUUUAAUAAGGGACAGUAUUUUAUUUUAGAGUGCCGUUUUCCUUAUUAAAGCGACAACUAUUUGUUUGGGUUGUGAAAUAGAUUCAGAGCACUUCCAUUAAUUUGAUGAUCGUUAUGCGUUAUGAGUGCAGUCACAGAAUGGAUUAAACCUGGCACACAAGGCACCAUGAAAAUGAGUUUUUAAAUUUAUCUACUUGCAAAGUAAGAGUCUCCAUGGGUGUUUAUUGAUUACAGUAAUAGACACUAAUAUUUGUAAUUAAUAGUGUAUUACCAAAAAAUGUGGUAAAAUCGUUAAUUCUUGUUCAUUUGAAUGAGUGAACUAAGAUCCACGGCAACUUAGAAUUCUCCCACAGGUUAGCUGGUCCCCAUGUGGCAUGCAGCGGUUAACGAAGUAAAAACACAAUGUGCAGUAUAACUUUGGGGAUUAUUUAAUAGUAUUGCCAUAAUGGAGAAAAAAAAUCUGUAAACAGUAACACAUGACUAAUUUUUAAGUGAGAAACGAACUUUAACAAUAACAGUGAAACAAACCUUUAAUUUUGUUUUUAUUAAUGUGCUAUACUUGUAGGUAAUUUCCUCAUAACAGUAGCAUUGGUGGACUACAGGUUGUCCCCAUUGGCAUACAAUUUGGCACAGUGCACACACAUUUUUCAUCUACUUGAACAUGUGCGACCAGUAAAUUUGCAGACUUUUAAAAUCAUUAUUCUUCCUGGGUUGGCGCCCGCGCGGCUUCUCCGCCCGUCUGCGUGGCUGUCGCGCGCCCGGUGGGGCCUGCGUGCUGCUGGAUGUGGUAGGGCAUGCUCUGGUUGGGGGUCCCGGUGCCGGGAUUGGCGAUGCGGCGGCGUAGGGUUGGUCGCCAACGGGCUUACACUCAUAAGAGAUUCACACGAUUACUGGGUUCUAGAUCAGGGAACUGAUUUGUGUACACUCUACCCCUUUCAAUCACUUAGCUUAUAAACACCCCCACCCCCAUUCUCCUCUUUCACUGGCCAAUAGGCCCCCACAUGGUGUAAACCGGAAAUACAUCUCGCUGACGAUAGCACCAGCAUAUUAGUAACUAGUUUAGAUGUUCAGUGUAUUUCUAGUUGUUGUUUGUGUAUGUGUUUCUUUUCCUUCUUCUCUUGUAUUUCUUUUCUUCUGUCCCCCCAUAAUCCCUUCCUGUUCGCUGCUUUGUCAUAAUAAAAAGGUACUUUGAAUGAUCACAAUGGGAGUAUGUCAGACUCUCAAUGUGAAACAUUAAAACUGUUCAGAAUCCGGGCACUUAGACUUCCAUUCUCUGUGUCAAACAGCUGAACAGGGCAGGUUUAAAAAAAUAAAUAAAUAAAUAAAAUCAUUAUUCUUGAAUAAUAAUUUUAUAAAUGAUUUUAAUGGUAAUUUUGUUUUGUGACAUACCAAUGUUCCACACGAAAGUCCCAUUGUUGGUCAUAUUGCACAAAUAAGCUGUUCAAGGAUUUACAGAAUCAGAAAAAGUGAAAAUCAGUUACACUCAUUUUGCUUCAGCAAAAAAAAGUCUAGUGCCCUGCCUUGCACUUGAUAAGUACCUGGAUCAGCACAAUUUUUUCCCCCUGUUGUUUGUAGUUUGCAUACAAUCUGAGUUGUUUUUGCUUGAACACCAUGCCAAUUACUGUACCUUAUGCUGUUAGGCUUGGGGAAUUCCUUUAAUUCAUCUGCCUUUGUUUUUAAGACAAGAAAUACAUAAAGUCUGCCUAGUGAAAUGCAUUUUCAGUUGUAUCUUGUUUUGUGUAAAUGUGCUCAAACAUGCAAAAUGGCAUGUUGAUAUAUCCUGAAUUAGUUAAAACCAAAGAUGGUGAGUUGCUAAAUCAACGGUACCUUUAAAUGUCAACCCCUGAUAAAACAUACAAGUGUUAUCACCGUUUUUUGGUGUUGUUCUUUUUAUGCCCUUCAAGUGUUUCAUGUUAUUAAAAAUAGGUUUGGACUGACAUGUGUCAUGUUUGAUUUAUUAUAUUUCUGGGUUUGACAAUAAUGUAGAUUUGUUUGGGUAGCGGUAAUCAUACAAGCUAGUAUCACACAUUUACUAUUAAUUUAAAGGAAUGA